CUGUGUGUGGACGCGUCGCUCGGUUCGAGUAGUGAAAGGGGGCAGAUCCGCGGAGCAGAUACGAGCCACCGCGGAGCUGCUCAGCCCAGCUCACACCGCUCGCUCGGCUUCCUGCCUGCGGUAUCUUUAUUUUCCUGCGAACAGCUCCCCGGCUGCUUCAGCUGGUCUGUUCCGUGUGAACCAUGGUGGCUAAGAACAGAAAACAGACCGGGAAGAGUCCAGCGACCCAGACUGACCGCGACAGAAACCCGCUUGUAUCCGCCAGUGGUAAAAGUAACGUGAGGCGGGCGGGGAGGGAGGGUAAAGCGGCCACCGGCUCUCACCCAAACGGGCUCCCGGGCAUCAGACACAAGCUCGGGCUAAGUCCCUCCGCAGCCGCGAAGCUGGGAGUCACUCUCCUCCUCGCUGCUCUGACUGGAUAUCUGCACUGGUACCAUCUCUCACAGCUGUUUGAGAACGACAGACACUUCUCACACCUGUCAAACCUGGAGAAGGAGAUGGCUUUUCGCACAGAAAUGGGUCUGUACUAUUCCUACUACAAAACUAUUAUCGAGGCGCCGUCUUUCCUGGAAGGCCUCCACAUGGUCAUGAACGAUCGGCUCACAGAGCAUCCCCUGGUUAUUAACACGCUCAAGAGAUUUAAUCUCUAUCCUGAGGUGGUCCUGGCCAGCUGGUACCGCGUGUACACAGGUGUAAUGGGCUACUUUGGGAUACCCACAAAAAUGUGCUGGUCGAUCAACAGAGGAGAAGGACUCACUCCCGUGGACAGCUGUGAAGGGAUGGGAGACCCAGCGUAUUUCUACGUGGCCUGCGUGUUCCUGCAGAACGGCCUGAUGAUGAGCCUGUUCUUCAUCUACGGCGCUUACCUCAGUGGCAGUCGGCUCGGUGGCAUUGUCACCACGAUGUGUUUCUUCUUCAAUCACGGCGAAAGCACUCGUGUGAUGUGGACUCCGCCGCUCAGGGAGAGCUUCUCUUACCCCUUCCUCGUCCUGCAGAUGCUUCUCCUCACCUACAUCCUCAGGACACGGAGCCCGAGCAGGACUGCCAUGGUCGCUCUCGGCGUCUCCACGUUGUGCUUCAUGCUGCCCUGGCAGUUUGCCCAGUUUGUGCUGCUCACUCAGGUGGCUUCUUUGUUUGCGUCGUACAUCCUGGGUUACCUCAGCCCCGGCAAGAUGCAGUCCAUCCUGGUCACUCACAUGGUCACACUCGGCGUCUGCUUCAUCCUGAUGUUCGGUAACUCCAUGCUUCUCACAUCCUUCUACGCCUCCUCACUCGUCUCCAUCUGGGCAAUCAUUGCACUAAGGGACCAAUUUACUAAAGUAUUUAAACCUGGUAUCAUCAUCUGGGUCAUGCAGGGUCUGGCGUGGGUCGGCUCCACAGUCCUGCUCAAAUUCAUGUUGUCUACCGUCCUCGGUGUCUCGGAUGAUGCUCACAUCAGUGGACUGAUCAAGUCUAAGUUCACCAGCUACAAGGACUUCCACACGAUGAUGUACACAUGUGCUGCAGAGUUUGACUUCAUGGAACUGAAGACUCCUCUGCGUUACCUCGGAACGCUGCUGCUGCCCAUCAACAUGCUGGUGGUGGCUCUCAUAGUUGGGAGGACAAUCCAGGAUAUAGUCCGCUUCCUGAGGGACGGAGGGAAGACGUCUGGCAAGAGGGACAAUGUUGACGAAGUCGCAGGGUCUGAAAUGGCUGCAAAAGGAGAGCUGGUGUACCACAGUCUACAGCUGGUGGCGUUUACUGUCCUCGCCAUCCUCAUCAUGCGCCUCAAGCUCUUCCUGACACCGCACAUGUGCAUCAUGGCCUCACUCAUCUGCUCCAAACAGUUGUUCAGUUGGGUCGGAGAGAGGUUCAAGCACCAGGUUUUGGUGUUUGCAGUAAUGGCCGGCAUGGCCAUCCAGGGAGUGGCCAACCUUCAGGCCCAGUGGGCGAUCAUUGGUGAGUUCAGCAACCUGCCACAGGAGGAGCUGCUCAACUGGAUCCAGGACAACACCGGCCCUGACUCUGUGUUUGCGGGAGCGAUGCCCACCAUGGCCAGUGUGAAGCUGUCCACAGGUCGACCCAUCGUCAACCAUCCCCACUACGAAGACGCUGGUCUGAGGGAGAGAACUAAGCUGGUGUACUCCAUGUACAGCCGCAUGUCUGGAGAAACAGUGAAGAGCAAUCUGAUGAAGCUGGGAGUCGACUUCUUUGUCCUGGAGGAUUCCUGGUGCACCAGGCAAACAAGGCCCGGUUGCAGCAUGCCAGAGAUCUGGGACAUCGAGGAUCCUGAAAAUGUUGGUAAAAUACCCCUCUGUACCCUCAUGGCCAAGAACUCACGCCCCCACUUCACCACAGUCUUUUCCAAUGACAUUUACGAAGUUCUCAAAGUCACCAAAGAGCUCAGAUAACACUGUGGGAUCAGACUGAUCCAGCACCAAACUUCUUUUCUUUCCACCACUUGUACUUUUUUAAUGUUUUGGUCCGUCACUGCCGUUGCUGCUUUUUACUUCCCGGAACUAAAACUAACUCACAGUUCCCUCUUUUUGAUUCACUGAGCGUUGGACAAAUAUGUGACCUGUGAUAUAUGCCAAAACAAUAUAUGCCAGGAGUCUCUCUGCUCUUGGCGACCCCAUGGAUCUUAGUAUUAAUGAAGCUGGAAACUUCCUUCAUGCUGCGCCUAUUAGUAUUUAAACUAGUGUUUCCAUUAGAGUGCAUUUUUCUGUCCGCACUUGACUGAAUCUGAGAGCCUGACAUGCGUUUUUUUUUUUUUUUCGUCUGAGCCAAACAGACUUGCCUUGAACGAUGAUCAGAUUUUCUUUAUUAACUCUUGUUGAACCGCUGACGACUAAUAUUGUGAGGUUUUGUGGAGUAAAAGGAUAACAUCCACCAUGGAUGUUCAAAAAUAGGAAACCCCCGGUUCUAAACAGAAACACUAGGUCAAUCACUUAUCAGUUUCUACUUAUUAUCACUUAUUUUUACAUGUUAAACAACUGUUUAUUACAUGUUUACAUGUCCGUAUUUUCAGUGGAACCACUUGUCCAGAUGCAGAGUGCGCUGCAAAUCAAUAAAAGUGGACGCCCCCCAUCACAUACUGUGAAGCAGUGUUGAUAUCUGAAAUAAGUUAUUUGUGUGAAUAUUUUAUGAGACAUUUUAUUUAGAGGCUGUGUUUUUUUUUUGUAAAUCUGGGGGGAAAAAAACAGGAAAACAUUAUUUUGUGGUGUUAAGAAGCUUUUUAAAAUCUACUCAUCAGUGUCAUGUUUGGUUUGUCCCAACAGUGUUUUUUUUUAUUCUGUCCUAAUUUGGAAAAACCUAAAAAACAACAAGGAAGUAUUAACCUGACUGUGCCCCGUACCAAGAUUUCUGUAAAUACCCAAACGGUUGUUUUGUACAAUACCAAUGAACGGCCUUUAAAAGGUUCCUUGUGUUUUAUUGUUAUUGUUUAUUUUGCCAAAGGAAGUCUUGUUGUCAGAGUUGGGAGUUUUAUUGAUGGCACUGUAGCAAAUAAGUGAUGUGUUUUUCUGUAACAGCCAAACGAGAGAAAAAAACAAAAACAUUUGUAGCAGUGACUUAAAUGUAAAUGGUAGCAGGUGUUUCUUAUUUUUGCCACAAACAUGUUUGUCUGAUUAAAGCCAGGAUAGGCAACAUAUUUUUUGUUCAAUAUUUUCAUCAGUAAUUCCAUUUUAAUCUUUGAACACAGCGUUGGGGCUGCGACUAAAUUAAUUGUCAACUAUUUUGAUAAUCAAAUAAGGUUUUUUUUUAUUCA